CUGAGUGCCCUCCUCCUGGGUGCACCUAACCACGCUCUUGACACAAUCUCGUAUUUGUUCACUACAUGGAAAUGGAAGACCAAAUGGAGAGCCGAAGGAGACAAGGAACUAGCAAAGAAGACUUAAUAUCUGAACGCACAGGGUCUUUGGGAUGCUGUGGCUGGGUCAUUGUCAUACUCUCUGGCUUGUUUACAAUUUGCCUUUUCCCCUUCACAAUUUGGUUUUGUCUGAAGAUUGUCCAAGAGUAUGAGCGUGCUGUUAUCUUCAGGCUGGGCCGCAUCACAGACAGGAAAGCAAAAGGACCAGGUAUUUUCUUCAUUUUGCCAUGCACUGACUCCUUUGUGAAAGUGGACCUCAGAGCGGUUUCAUUCAACAUCCCACCACAGGAGAUCCUGACAAAGGACUCAGUCACAGUCUCUGUAGAUGGAGUGGUGUACUUCCGGGUCAACGAUCCCAUUGCUUCUGUAGCCAAUGUUUCUAAUGUUAACUUUGCUACAUGCUUGCUGGCACAAACUACACUCAGAAAUGUCCUGGGGACCAAGAACCUGGCUGAGGUCCUGUCUGACCGUGUGGGCAUCGCCCACAGCAUGCAGGCCACCCUGGAUGAAGCCACAGACAACUGGGGCAUCAAAGUGGAGCGUGUGGAAAUUAAAGAUGUGCAGCUGCCAGUUCAGCUGCAGCGAGCCAUGGCUGCUGAAGCUGAGGCUGCACGGGAAGCCAGAGCCAAGGUGAUUGCAGCAGAAGGUGAGAUGAACGCCUCUCGUGCCCUGAAGGAGGCGUCUCUGGUGAUAGCGGAGUCUCCCUCAGCCCGGCAGCUUCGCUACCUGCAGACUCUAAAUACUAUUGCAGCCGAGAAGAACUCCACCAUCAUUUUCCCCCUGCCCAUGGAUGUCAUGUCUCACUUUAUGCGAAAGGGAGGUCCUGACAUUUACACUUAUCAGCAUCUCUGUUAAAUGCCAUUAAAUAUUUAUUCUUUCUGUUUUGUGUCUGGCAAUUCUUCCAAAAGCUUAAAAUAAAAUAAUGAUAAAUCAACGUUACUUGAAAUUAAAUUAUAUUUAAAUGACAGAUUGUCUUCAACAUAUUGCAGUGGCCCAAGGGGGUUAUUUCUACCUUAAAUAACAGUUCUUGUGUUCAUGGUUUUUGUAGUUAAAGUUAGGAUUUAGGUGAUGCUAUAAGUUUUGUGAAGUUAAUUUAGCCCUUUGUUUAUGUGUCUCUGUAAUGUGUUCUCUUUUGUUUUGUGUGCUGCACUCUGAGGGGGGAGAGUGUGUGUGUGUGAGUGGUUUGAAAUGGGUUCAAAUAAAACUGACCAUCUGAGUGGAUACUUGGAUGGUAGCAAAAGA